AAAAUCUUAUCCAUAAUGGAGUUACACUGUACCACAGUGCUCAAGUUUUAUACUUAUAUCAAAAUCAAUACACAUUUAAAAGGUAGAAAUGGUUAGAAUAAAUUAAUUUUACAAGGAUAACACGUAAUUAAAGAUGAAGUGGUCAAAAUAAAUAUAAAUAAAAUAAAAUAAUUAGGACAAUUAUAAUAAAUUAUAAUUAUAAAUAAGGAUAAAUUUCCUAAAUUUGCCUCUUCUAUGUGUAUCUACCAGUCUGACUGCAGCUGCCGAGCCAGCUACAUUGGGCGUACAAUUAGGCAGGUUCAUCGUCGUAUUUCCGAACAUCAUCCAACAUGGUUAAGCAAGGGACAAACAAGAUCUAAUCGUAGUUCUAUUUUAGCACACCUUGUUGAUAAUGAGCAUAAGGUUGAUGUUAAUACUGCAUUUAAAAUUAUUUAUCGCAUUCCGGCUAAUCUUAAUUUUGCUCUACGAGUUCGUCUUCUACAGACAGCUGAAGCAAUCGGAAUCCACCUGAAGAAGCCAAGCCUAUGUGUUCAGAGGAAAUUUGUACAGCCACUUUCCUUACCGUGGCCAUCGUUACAAGAUGCAUAAACAGGACAACGUCGCCACCCUCCCCCUAAACCUUUAAAAGUUAUAAAAAUUAUAAUUGUCCUAAUUAUUUUAUUUUAUUUAUAUUUAUUUUGACCACUUCAUCUUUAAUUACGUGUUAUCCUUGUAAAAUUAAUUUAUUCUAACCAUUUCUACUUUUUAAAUGUGUAUUGAUUUUCUGCGUUAAUUAUCAACCCAUUUUGACACUGCUUAAUUAUAGUUAACAAACAUAUCGCCACUUGUUUGGUAAAUUGUUGUGUAUUG